AUGGACGAUGAGCUUCGCCUUCUCUCUGCCUCUUUGUGUUGUGCCCUGCUCAGACAAGGCAGGCUGGCCAAGGUAAAGGAUGAAGACGCGAAACGCUCUUCCAAGAGCUCCUGGUUGCCGAGCCUGGGCUACGGGAGCAAAUGGAUGGGCCCGUUGAAAAGUGGAGAGGAGAAGUUGAAGAAUGAGGGGAAGGGAGGGGAAGGCAGCAAGGAGAAGGACGAGGAUGAGGAG